AUGGCAACAUUGCUGAAGUCAUCCUCCGAGGGUCUACGGGAAUAUGAUGCUGCUGACAACGAGCGCGAUCUGUUGAACGAGGCCAAGAAUAAUCUGGAACGGACAAUUUUCACAACUUUAAGCGAUAUUGAGAUCGCCUUCGACAAUCACACCACUGAGGCAGAAUUGGAGGCACUAAGCGCCACUAUCAAUAAGAUAUCUCAGUGGUACGAUGAGGAAGGACACUACGCUCCCCGAUCGGCGGUGGAAGAGCAUUUGACCAGGCUACAAGAGGUUGUGGAUCCCUAUAAGCGGCGAGUACAGGCCUUCACGGAGUUGCCAGCAGCCCUGACCAAGUUGGAGGAAUUGCUGACCUCUAAGGCGCAGGCCAUUAGCAUUGUCAUGAGCGCCAACAGCGCACAUGAAAUCCUCACUGCCUCGGAGUUCGUCCAAGCUCUCAACGAAUCCCUUGCGAAUGAGGGGGAGGAAAAGAAGGCAGGCCUUCCCAUCUACACUCAUGAGGAGGUUGAGGCUCUGAGAAAACUCAUUUCUGAAACUCAGACGUGGCUGACCGAGACCCGCUCACUGCUGGCAACUUGUGACCACAGGGCUGACCCUCCAGUGCGUUUGGCAACAGUGACGGAGCGCAUGGAGGUGCUGAAUGCUAAAUUGGACUAUUUUGGACAUAGAGGUGAGAAUUGGUUCACCACUUACAAGCGCCUCUUCGACAUCAAAAAGGUCCUCCUUCUUGAGGCUGCUCGCAAGGCUGAUGCUGUUGAUGAUACAACUGCAGGAAAUGAUACGGUUAUUGAAGCACCACAAACAGAGGAAGGUUCAUCACCUCCCGAAGAGCCUGAGACCGCUCCAGAGCCCGAGAGUUAG